GCACCUUUGCAGAUUCAUGUUGCCAUGCUUGCCUUGAACCACUUCCAGGAGAACUUUGGUCGUGGACCGAACAUUGGAUGCCUUCAAGAUGCUGAGGAAAUGCUGAAAAUAGCCAUGUCUAUAAGUGAAACACUGGAAAACAAACCUCAGGUGAAUGGAGAUGUAGUGAAAUGGCUGUCUAGGACUGCUCAGGGAUUUCUAGCUCCUCUGGCUGCAGCAGUGGGUGGUGUUGCUAGCCAGGAAGUCUUGAAAGCAGUAACAGGAAAAUUUUCUCCAUUGCAACAGUGGCUAUAUAUAGAUAUGCUAGACAUUGUAACACCUCUAGAAAAGAUGGGCUCUGAAGAAUUUCUCCCACGGGGAGAUAGGUAUGAUGCCUUGAGGGCUUGUAUUGGAGACUCUCUGUGCCAGAAGCUGCAUGAUUUGAAUGUUUUCCUGGUUGGCUGUGGAGCGAUAGGCUGUGAAAUGCUAAAAAACUUUGCACUUCUUGGUGUCGGUACUGGGCAAGACAAAGGAUUGGUUACAAUUACAGAUCCAGACUUGAUAGAGAAAUCCAACCUGAACAGGCAGUUUCUUUUUCGACCGCAUCACAUACAGAAACCUAAAAGCUAUACUGCAGCAGAAGCAACUCUGAACAUCAAUCCUUACUUAAAGAUUGACUCAUAUAUUAAUAAAGUUUGUCCAGCCACUGAGAACACUUAUAGCGAUGAGUUCUAUACCAAGCAAGAUGUGAUUGUGACUGCUUUGGACAAUGUGGAGGCAAGGAGAUACAUUGAUAGUCGUUGUGUAGCAAACCUGCGUCCUCUUAUAGACUCUGGAACUAUGGGAACGAAAGGACACACGGAAGUUAUUGUGCCCCAUCUGACAGAAUCCUAUAAUAGUCACCGGGAUCCACCAGAAGAAGAAAUACCUUUUUGCACCUUGAAAUCCUUCCCAGCUGCAAUUGAGCAUACGAUACAGUGGGCAAGAGAUAAGUUUGAAAGUUCAUUUUCUCACAAGCCUUCAUUGUUUAACAAAUUCUGGCAAACCUAUCCAUCAGCAGAAGAAGUUUUACAGAGAAUAAAAUCAGGGGAGAGCUUAGAAGGCUGUUUUCAUGUUAUUAAAACACUCAGUAGAAGACCGCGAAGCUGGACUCAAUGUGUGGAACUAGCAAGAGUAAAAUUUGAGAAGUAUUUCAGCCAUAAGGCUCUUCAGCUCCUUCAUUCAUUUCCCCUUGAUACACGAUUAAAAGAUGGAAGUUUGUUUUGGCAGUCACCAAAGAGGCCACCUUUCCCAGUGAAGUUUGAAUUUAAUGAUCCUUUGCACUAUGGUUUCAUUUUGAGUGCAGCAAAACUCUUUGCAACAGUGUACUGUGUUCCUUUCACAGAAAAGGAUUUGUCAGAGGAAACUAUUUUGAAGAUUAUUUCAGCUGUGAAGGUACCAGAGUUCAGACCUUCAAACAAAGUUGUACAGACUGAUGAAACUGCAAGAAAGCCAGAUCAUAUUCCAGUCAGCAGUGAGGAUGAAAGAAAUGCUAUUUUCCAGCUGGAGAAGUCUAUACUGUCCAAUGAAGCUCUGGAAACUGAUGACUUGCAAAUGAAGCCCAUCUGCUUUGAAAAAGAUGAUGAUAGUAAUGGGCAUAUAGAUUUCAUAACAGCAGCUUCAAACUUGCGAGCCAAGAUGUACAACAUUGAACCAGCAGAUCGGUUCAAAACAAAGCGCAUUGCUGGAAAGAUUAUUCCUGCAAUUGCAACAGCUACUGCUGCAGUAUCGGGGCUGGUUGCACUGGAACUCAUCAAAGUUGUGGGUGGCUACCCAGCUGAUGCAUACAAGAACUGUUUUCUGAACCUAGCCAUUCCCAUAAUGGUCUUUACAGAAACUGCUGAAGUAAGAAGAACGGAAAUCAGAAAUGGGAUAUCAUUUACAAUCUGGGACAGGUGGACAAUUUAUGGGAAAGAGGAUUUUACGCUGUUGGACUUUAUAAAUGCUGUCAGAGAGAAAUAUGGAAUUGAACCAACUAUGGUUGUACAGGGAGUCAAAAUGCUGUAUGUUCCUGUGAUGCCAGGUCACAUUAAAAGAUUAAAGCUGACGAUGCAAAAACUUGUGAAACCAUCAGCUGAUAAGAAGUAUGUGGAUUUGACAGUAUCGUUUGCUCCAGAGACUGAUGGAGAGGAAGACUUGCCAGGGCCGCCAGUGAGAUACUACUUUGUUCAGGAAGACAAUUGAUGGCAGAGACACAAAAGUCACUCCUGGACCAUUUGUUCUGAAAGGAGUGUGCUAAUUUUCAGCUAUUAAAGAUGGUACUAUAUAUUUCUUUUUGGUGAAGCCUUAAUUAAAGCAAAUGGUGAAAAUCAGUGGCUUUGCACUGAAGACAAACUGGAUUUAUGUUUCAUCUGCUCCCAUUUUCUUCAAACCUGUUUGCUCAAAGGAGGAUUGGUCACUCCAUGAGAUGGAAUGUCCAGUACAGUCCUUACCUUAAAGACAAGAUUUGUAUUAACUUGUGGGGAGCUGAAGAAAGCAAGAAGAAUGGUGAACCUAACAAAUGGUCCCCAUGAGCAAAUUAGGUGUUACUUAGAGAAGAGUGCAAAAACUGGGGAAACUGCCAUUUUACGAUACUCCUGGUAUUCUAAGAACAACUCAAAUCGAUUUCAUAUAUUACUUAAUUCUCAAACAAGAAUUUCAUUCUUGCCAUCUACACGUG